AUGGGCCAACUAGAAGGUCAAAACGAUAAUAAUAAUAAUAAUCUACCCUCAUCAUCGUCUACAGCAGGAACAACAAGGCGAUCGCCAAGUCCCAAACAUGAUCCGAAUGUAAAGGAACAACGAGCUGACAGUGAACAUUCUACAAAUACCAAUAUACCGAAGGAGGAUACAGUUAAGAAUCAAAAUAUCGGAGAAGCUCCAAUACCGAAGCACCAACCGACAUUAUCUUCAUUACCAUUUGAUCAUAGAAGAUGGAUUUUGAAAGAUUUAGACAUAGAUCAAGAAGUUAUCGCUAAUAUCCAUUCAUUUGAUGAUGAAACUUUUAAUAAAUAUCUCAGUAUAAUAUUAGAGAAAGAACGGAAGAAUAUUGAAAAGAUUAAAGAAACAAACUUGAACACUUUGAAUCAAAUAAUAGAUAAAUGUAUCCAGUCCGAUGACUUUAAUGCAAGAACCAUUGAAAAUUUAGUGGAGUUUGUUGCAUCAGAUCCUAAGAAGGUGAAGAAUAUACCGAAAAUACCAUCGCUCACACCAAAUAAAAGAUCCAGGACGGGCUCCAUGAGUCCAAGGGGUCAUCAUAAAUCAAUUUCUGAGAUACCUUCUAAUAUAUCGUCACAACAACAAACUGCUUCAUGGUUUCCUCCCCAGCAGUUUCAGCCUUAUCAGCCUCAUAUUUCUCAACCGUAUGGAUAUUUUGAUCAAAAUCAACAAAUGAACACCGACUAUGGAAACCAACAAAGACCAGGGCUCCCUGGACCUCCACCACAACAGUAUCUACCAUAUCAACAAUAUCAACCGCAACAACAACCGCAACAACAGCAGCAGCAGCAACAGCCUUUCCCUCCUCAUUUUUCUUCACAAUCGAACCAAAAUUUCCCUUCUCAAAGUUCGAAUUUACCUGGUACCGCAAGUACUUUCUCGCAGCCAUCCUCCUUCUUACAAGUACCACACAAUAAUCAACAACGAUUUAGUUUGAUACGAGAACGACUUCCCGAUGAAUCUUUAGAACAUGAUUUGAGUAAGAGACCUUUAACGAACACAACAACGUUACUGGGAAGGCCACCAAAACUGAACGCAACAAUGAGAAGGCAACAAGGUGGGCACCGAAGAUCAAGGAGUGCAGCUACUGUACUUCCUCAAAUAUCACGGAAUAAUUCCAUAGGUGGAUCAAUGAGAUCACCUAAUCAAAGUUCUAAUAAUAAUAGUAAUAGAACGCCUCAGAAACCAGUAAGUUUCCUAAUUCAUACCCCAAAGCAUCCUCCCCCAACAUGA